CAUAUCCCUCAUACAUAAUAUAAUACAUAAUAAUAGAACAGCUGGAAGAUAAGAUAUGCGAGCAGAUACCUAAGAUGACUGUACCAGGUAAGGGUUACGCGAUCCUUCCCAUGCGGAUGUCCGUACCUACCUACCUUAGGUACCUCUUACAUACACAUAGGUAAUCAUUAAUAAUGCAGCAUAUUACGGGAGAAAGAUUUAUGAAAGAUGAAUAAUAUAGCUACAGCUCGGGCUCUGUAUAUAUAUAUAUUAUAAAAAAAUAUCUACCUUUUACAUUAAUACAAUAUAUUUCAUAUACGGCACCGCUAAAAACAACCUGUCUUACGCAUGCAAGUAGCUGAUUAUCAACUGUAACUACGGAAAGGGAAGAAAAAAAAGAAACAAACCGAAACGAAAUCAUGAGCGCCGCCGAGGAGAAAGUCGAAGACAAGAAGAAGGAGGAGAACAGCGGCACGUACGAAGCCGGCUGCCACUGCGGCUACAUCAAGUUCGCCGUGACCUUGUCCCCGCCGCUGCCCGAGUACAAGGUGGUCGAGUGCAACUGCUCCGCGUGCACGCACCUGGGGUAUCUGCUCGUGUACCCCAAAGCCUCGGAAAUCGUAUGGCACAACGACGGCCGGGGCCGGUGCGCCAGCUACCGCUUCAACACGAAGGGCAAGGACCAGAUGUUCUGCCCCAAGUGCGGCACCAGCCUGGGCAUUGACUUCUUGGACACGUUGGAGGACCAUGUGUAUGGGAUUAGCGCCCGCUCGUUCUACGGCAUCGACCUCAGCACCCUAAACUACAAGAAGCUUGACGGUAGGACCAAGGUCCCGCCCGCGCGGGACUUGUCCGGACACGUCUGGGACGAGGAGAAGCAGCAGCUGACGUAGUCGGCGGCGGAGGCGGAGGAAGAGGAGGAGGCAGGCGUGUUGGAGUCCGAGGGUUAGGAAGGAAGGGUGGAAGAAAGAAAGUGUUGGUAUGAAAUUAAAAAGAAGGGAAGGAAAAUAAGAUAAAAAAAAUAUUGUGAUGAGAAAUAGAAAUCUUAGACACUGAGUUCUUCGGAAAGAUAAUAGGUACAUAUAUACCUAUGUAUCGUGAUUAUUUUUGCUCCUAUUCUCUUCCAACCCCCGGGUUCUCCAUAUGAAAUACGAAGCAUAAUUUGUAUAAUCAACUUCAGUCAUCAACUCAUC